UUUUUGGCAAUUCUAGAAUAUUUGGAUAAAGUUUCUUAGUUAAAAUAAAAAUUUUAAUUUCAUGAUUUUAGAUGAAAUUUUAAAGUGGUUUAACAAAAAUUAUUUUAAAAUCUCUAAUUCAUCUAAAAACUCAAUAAAAAUAAAUAGCUUGAAACUCUAGAUUGAAUAGACCUUCUUAAUUUACGAUGCUAUGGUUGGAAGCAAAUCUGUUAAUUUAAAUAUUUAAUCAACUUUUUUUUUUGAACAGUAUUUAACCAACUAAAUGAGCAUUAAUCAGUGCUUCAGGAGACAAUUUUAAAUAAACAAAAAAUACAAGGGGAUUAUAAUGUUUAGGAUUGUGCCAUACCUGAUGAGUGGCUUGUCUUCCAGUACAAUGAUAACUCUAACCAACGUUCCAUUCCUAUGAUAAAAUGUUUUUAAAACAAACUUAUUAGUAUAUAUAAAUUUACUAACCCAAGAACUUAACCUUAAAAGGGUGUAUCGAAUCAUUUGCAUUUUAAUAUAAGAUUAAGAAGGGGAAUCAUGGGUUAUUCUUGAUUUCGACGCUCUUUGAUAUCUACCAAGUCCACAUGCUUGUUUAACUAUCAAAUUGCUUUUUAAUAUAUAACAUAAAGGUUUUUUAUAAAUAAAAUUUUGCUUUUUCCUCGACAAUGAAGGAAUCGUCCAAAAAAGUUGAAGGUGAUGAAAGCAGUUUGACUCCUUCCCAUCUCCCAACUUGCACACACCACAUGCUCUCACUCUUUUCUAUCUCUCUCUCUCUCCUCGCUCUUUCUCUCUCUAUCUCUGCUUCUUCUCUCUAAUGCUCAUUGUUUUGUCAAGCAAGAAAUGGAAGUUUUACUCUAUUGACGACGAGAUCCUUCCCUAAUUCUCUAAUCAGCAGAUGUGGAUGACCUUGUGAUAGAAAAACUCUUACGCACCCAGAAUAAAAAAUACAGAAAAUAAUAUUUCUGCUUCCUCUGUUGUCACGUUACGAAGAGUUAGUGUGUGUGUUUAAGAUCUUGGUGGUCAGUGUCUAAAUGGAGUGUAAUGCGCAGUGUGAUUGGGAAAAUUUAAUAUCUUUUGGUACAUCAUCAGCUGAAAUUCCAAGAAAGCUACGACCAAUGGAUUGGGAAACUGAUGAGUUUGAUUGUAGCUUUCCUACAGCUGCUUGUGGUAGUAGUUCAGGUCUAGCUCAUGCUUUCUCUAAAAGCUCAAAGUCAACUUCCAUUAGCUCCUCAUCACCUGAAGCGAGAACACUCAACUUCACAUCAGAAGAGCUGGGGAGCAGUGAAGAGUUUGCGAAAGGAAUCAAUACAUCUCCGAGUCUUGAACUAUCCUUUGGGUCUAGUGAUCCAGUUCUUGGUUUAAAGCUUGGUAAGAGAACAUACUUUGAAGACUUUUGGGAAGUGGAGAACGCUGCCAGAGGCUCGGCACUUCCUGUGAGUCUUGUGUCAUCUUCUGCUUCUCCCGUGAAGAAAACGAAAUCUGUUCCUCAGAAGGUACAAACUCCUCGUUGCCAAGUUGAAGGAUGUAACCUCGAUCUCUCGUCAGCUAAAGACUAUCAUCGGAAACACAGGAUCUGUGAAAACCAUUCAAAGUUCCCUAAAGUCGUUGUGAGUGGCGUAGAGCGUCGGUUCUGCCAACAAUGUAGCAGGUUCCAUUGUCUCUCUGAGUUUGAUGAGAAGAAGCGUAGCUGUCGCAGGCGUCUCUCAGAUCACAAUGCACGACGUCGCAAGCCAAAUCCUGGAGGGACAUAUGAAGGGAAACAACAAAUGGAUUUUGUAUGGAACAGAUUUGCUCUUAUCCAUCCAAGGACUGAGGAAAAAUUUCUAUGGCCAAAUCCAAAACCUAUACCAUCUAGAGGGUUAAUACAGCAACCUGCAAAGACUAGAUCAGCUGAGUUGUUCAGUAAAGAAAAGGUCACAAUCUCUUCAAGCAUGGGUGCUUCCCAAGAUCUUGAUGGUGCUCUCUCUCUUCUGUCAAAUUCAACAGCAUGGGUUCCCUCUGACCAGCCAACACGGUUUUCCCUUGAUCACCACCCCACCACCAACCUCCAACCCACGGCUCACCGGUCCGUGACUCACCUCAGUACGGUGUCCGACUACUGGCAGCCGGACCCACCAGCGGUUGAGGGGCCAACCGAUCUACAUAGAAACGGAGUAGGCCAGUUUAAUGAGAACUACUUCAGCUUGAACCAGUUUUAUAACUGAAUAUGUAUUGCCUUGAAAUCCUAAUAAGAUGUGUAAGGAUCAUGCAUGCAUAGUGUUAACGUUAAUAUAGGAGCUGUGAAACUUGCUGAGACACCAAAUCCUCUCUUCUUUAUUUUCUCCAUUGAUUUUUUUGGGGUUUGAGAGAGCUGUGACAAUUAGUCUUAUAAAUCAUCUUGUCGUGUUAUUAUACAUUAGAAUUUUCAUA